AUGUGUGAAGAAUUAAAUAUAUUAAAACAAGGGGCAGAAGCAAGGUUGUUCAUAUGUAAUUAUCUAGGAAAACCUACUUUGAUUAAGGAAAGAUUUAAGAAACAUUAUCGGCACACAGAUUUAGACGUAAGCAUAACCAAAGAAAGAAUUAAAAACGAAGCACGGUCAAUUGUUCGAUGUAAAACCGCUGGCGUGAAAACACCAACAUUAUACUUGGUAGACUUUGAAAGACGUCGUAUUUAUAUGCAACAUUUUGAAAACAGUAUUACGGUAAAGGACUUUAUAAUAAAUGUUGUUGUAAAAAAUGAAAAAGAAAUUGAUGAUGCCUUAAAUUUUGUUGCUAAGCAAAUAGGUGAAACAGUUCGGAAAUUGCAUGAGAACAACAUCAUACAUGGUGAUUUAACAACUUCAAACAUGUUACUAGUUGAAAAAAUCCCGAGUAAUGUACAGGAUGACACUACAUGGUUCCACUAUGACAAUAUAGAAUUAGUAAUGAUCGAUUUUGGACUAUCAUUUAUAGAUACAAGUACAGAGGAUAAAGGUGUUGAUUUAUAUGUACUAGAAAGGGCACUGAUAAGUACUCAUAAUAACUUUCCUGAUUUGUUUGAAACAAUUUUGAAUUCAUACAAAAAUUUCAGUAGGAACAAUAUUAAAGAAAUUAUGAGCAAAUUUGAUGAAGUCCGAGCUAGAGAUACAAUGAAGCUUCCUCUUACACAAUUUUUACAACUAAAUUUGCGUCAAAGCAAUAUAAAAGGAUUUACAGCUAUCAGAUGUUUAAGUACUCAAGAAGCUAUAGAACGACGGCAUCAUCUGUUUACAUUAGAGAAGAAGCGGCAAUUGGAGAACGUAGGCAGAAUAGAAAAGAUUGAAGUAAGGUAUAAGGGAAUUCCCAAAGAUUGCACUUUAGUUAUGAAUAAGGAUAUUUCUACACCGUACGACUGCGCAAGACACUUCAGUGAAUGGCAUAUGGAAAGUAGUGCUUUGGCUCUUGUAGAUGGCAGUAUGUAUUGGGAUAUGCAUAGACCUCUAACAGAGAGCUGCACAUUAGAGUUCCAGACAUUCAACAUACCGGAACCUCAGCAAGUAAAUAAGGCGUUUUGGCGGACAUGUUCGUUUAUGCUUGGAGCGUGUGCUACUGUUGCAUUCAAGGACAAUGUCGCAGUAAAAUUACACAGCUUUCCUGGCCCUGACAUUCGUAGUGGAUCCUUCAUCUACGACGUGGACCUCCCAACCCUCCCGGAUUGGAAGCCCACUCCACAGGAAAUGCACACUCUGAGCGCUGAAUAUAUCAAAUUAACCAGACAGAACGACUUGAUAGAGAGGCUGGAAGUCGGACAGGAGCUGGCUCUGGAGAUGUUUGUGGACAAUGAACACAAAACGAAACAGAUACCUGACAUAGCUAGGACAAAUGGUAAAGUGACAUUGUACAAAGUAGGCAAACACGUGGACAUAUCAAAGGGACCCAUGAUAAGUAGUAGCGGGCAGAUCGGAAAAGUCUUUGUGGCUGCAGUCCAUAAACUACUCGGUUCACCGGAGAGCGACGUGAAGCAGUUAUAUAGGUUCCAAGGCGUAGCUCUGCCGACCGGCGUCAUAUUGAACCACUUUGCAUUCUCCAUUCUCACGGAACGAGCUAAGAAAUUGAAUUCUGCCAGAUCACCGAUCAAUCCAUUUGUCGACACGAGAGAAUCAGUUGAGCCACAGAGUAUACAAGCUCAUGCUUGA